UAAGACAGUUUACUUAUAAAGUGAUCAAUAGAAUUAUAUGUUUGUUAUAAAGAAGAAAAAGAAUGGCUUGCAUAAUCAUAUUUGUUUAUGCUUUGAUUGUAUUUCUUUUGCUAUUUCUUGUUGAAGCUAAUAAAAGUAUACCAUUUUUCACACUAUUUUAAAAUCUUCUAAUUUAUUUUAUAUAAAAUUAUUUUUUUUAACUUUUUGGUAACAUUUCUUUUUCCUUAUUUGUGAAUGCUGAAACCACUUUACAAUGCAAAUCUUACUAUGAUUGUCCACGAAUUUUUUUAAGUAUUAAUUUAACCUUUACAGACUAAAACAAAUCUUCACUCUUAAAAAAAUUGAAAAUUUCUUUACCCACCUCCCUAUGGGUGGUCACCUCCUGCGAAAAACCAAAACUACCCCUGCUUCGGAAGUUCAUUUCCGAAAGCGUGUUUUUUUAAAAAAAUUGACUUACUUCGGAAGUUCAUUUCCGAAACAAUUAUUUCGGAAGUUCACUUCCGAAAUACUGCGAUUUCUGCAGAUUUAUCAAAACACUCCCCCUCCCCCAAUCAUUUACCCUAAAUCAAAACAAAAAGUGGCAGAGGCGAAAAUUUGUGCAAACAGAAUUCCAAAGCUGCAUCAAGGCUCCAAUCACACUGCUAAACAACAUUCAAAAGCCCUCAAUCCUAACACUUUGAACAUGUCAGACAACCAACAAGCACGCAGGACUGCGUCUUCUAAAGAGGGCGCUAAGGGAAGAAAGAGUUCUUCAAAGAAGGAGGUGAAAGAGGUGAAGGAGGUGAAGGAGGUGAAGGAGGUGAAGGAGAAGAAGAAGCUUUUGACUGGUUCUGCUUCUCGUCCCCUGGGAGUCCAUGGCUCGGACGCGCAGGCUCAGCCUUCAGGCGUGAUCAACGCUGAUGGUUCUGAUAAUGAGUGGGAUGAAGAUUGGUAUAAUUAUCUUCAUUCGGAGGAGUUCGCUCGUCGAGAAGAAUAACGUGUUUUUAUUUUGUUUGAUGUGUAUUUUGUAACGCUCGUCAGGCAGAAUAACAUGUUUUUGUUUUGUUUGACGUGUUUUGUUUUGUUUUGUUCGGAUUUCGGAUUGUAUCGCACAAUGUUUUUGUAUUGGAUUUAUCAUGUUAAUAAAAAUGCGUACUACUGUAAGUAACAAAUGACGGAGGAGGUGUAACCGGGGCCGGAAC